CCGGUGUUGUUGCGCCCAUGGCGGAGUACGUUGCGAACCCUAACAAAGCCAUGAUCGCGCUCUCGCAGGGCCACGCGUCCGACGCGGAGGCGGCCGGCGCCGGAGAGGAGGACGACGGGAGCAGCAGCAGCGCGCGGCGCGCCGCGGCGCGGGGGCUGGGAGGAGGGUCGGGGUCGGGGUCGGGGGGGAGGAAGCCGCGGGGGAGGCCGCCGGGGUCGAAGAACAAGCCGAAGCCGCCGGUGGUGAUAACGCGGGAGAGCGAGGCGGCGAUGCGGCCGGUGGUGCUGGAGGUGGGCGGGGGUUGCGACGUGCUCGGCGGCGUCUCCGCCUUCGCCCUCCGCCACCGCGUCGGCGUCUCCGUCCUCAGCGGCUCCGGCGCCGUCGCCGGGGUCGCCCUCCGCCACCCCUCCGCCCCGGCCUCCACCGUCGCCCUCCACGGCCGCUUCGACCUCCUCUCCCUCUCCGGCACCCUCCUCCCUCCCGGCGCCUUCACCCCCGCCGCCGCCUCUUCCUCUCCC